UCGUACUUCGUAGAUAGGCGGCACAAAGGAGGGACCGUAGCCAAACCCUGAACUCCUGAAGUGAUUUCUAUUGCUUUAGGGCAAUUUUUUUUAUUUUUUUUUUCUGGUUUAUCUUCUAUUCUUCUUCCUUAAAUUUUUUGUUAAUUCAGGUUGCUCAGUUUGAAUUUAAGCUUUCAAUACAGUUUUUGGAUUUCUGAAUUGUAGAGACUCUCAAUGUCUCGAAGAAACCGCGGACCGCCUCUUCCGAUGAAAGGUGGUCGUCACACUGGUUUACCAGCUGUGGAUGAAAUUCCUUACGACAGAAUUCCGCCUCAUCCUGCUCUUCUUGAAGAACUGCGUGAAACCCAGUUCGGAAUUGGCGGCAAUAGAGGGUUUCCGCCUCACUCUGCGAUGAUCGGGGAGCACCUAGCACUGCAAAAUCAAGAUAUUCACAAUUUGUUGGAAGAUAAUCAGCGUCUGGCCACAACCCAUGUAGCAUUGAAGCAGGAAUUGGAGAUCACCCAUCACAAGUUGCAACAGAUGGCGCACUUUGCUGACUCUUUGCGGGCGGAAACGGAUGCCCAGAUGAGGGAGUUGUAUGAUAAAUCUGUUCUGUUGGAAAUGGAUGUUAGAGGGGUCGAGUCUAUGCGAAGUGAGCUUGCUCAUGUUAAUGCUGAUAUUAAGGAACUUACCGAAGGAAGGCAGGAACUCACUGGUAGAGUGCAAAUGAUGAACCAAGACUUGGCCAGAGUUACAGCAGAUUUGCAGCAGGUGCCGGCUUUGAAGUCGGAGAUUGAGAACAUGAAACUGGAACUGCAGCGUGCAAGUGCUGCUAUUGAGUACGAGAAGAAAGAGUACGCUGAUAAUUAUCAACAUGGUCGGGUGAUGGAGGAGAAACUGAUAUCAAUGGCUCGGGAAUUAGAGAAGCUUCGAGCUGCAGCAGCUGUUGUGAAUCCUGGAAUGGAGCAAAAAAAGUAGGAUAAAAAUGGCAGUAAAAUGUUUAGAAGCUUCCAAUUUUUAAUAGAUAGCUGCCAAACGGAAAAAGAAAGGGAAGGAAACAUGGGCGGAUUAGAAGAUUUGUAACUAUAGCGUCCUUUUCUGUCGUCGUAAAUGGUGCUGCUUCAGAAUUCUUUCGGUCUACUAAGGGAUUUAGAGAGGGAGACCCUCUCUGUCCUUUCAUCUUCAUUUCAGAAUGGACUUAAUAAGUUGGUGAUUGAUGGGGCAGCGGAACAUGGUUCAUUGGUGGUGCCAGAAUUGGAGAUGGAAGAUAUCAAGUGACUAUUUCGAGCAUGCUUUAUGCACAUGAUACUUUGAGUUCAAGGCAAAUAUGGAUCAAAUUCAUAAUCUCCGUGCCAUCUAUGAUUUGACAGAUGCCCUUGGUUGUCGAAUUGAUACGUGGCCUAGGCAAUACCUGGAAGUUCCUCUUGGAGGUAAAUUGAAUGAUAUAUUGAUCUGUAAUCCAGUAGUACAGAGGUUGUUUAAAAAGGCUAGGUGGUUGGAGAAAAAAAAGGGCAUCUAGUGAAGGCGAGAAGAUGGGCUCUGACAAAGAGUACUUUCAGAAGGGAUUUGAUUUUUAUGGGGAGACAAAGAAGGAAGUAGAAAGAUUCAUUUAAUCAACUGGCACUUAAUCAAACGUCCAAAAAAAGCGUAGUGGUAUAGAGAUCACUUCUCUCAAAAGAAUUCAAUGGGACUCUUCUAGCUAAGUGGAUGUGGAAAUUUUGUCAAAACACUGAUCAUUUUUGGAGAAUAAUGAUAGUCGCCAAGUAUGGCUCUAAUAGGAAGGAAUGCAUAACUAAACAGAGUAGACAAUCUCAUGACUGUGGCUUGUUGAAGCAUACCAAAAAAAGAUGGGAUAAUUGUUGCAAGUUCUGCAGUUUAUGGGUGGGCAAUGGUAGGAAGGUGAAAUUCUGGUAUGAUGUAUGGGUAGGCAGCUGUUCUCUCAAAGAUUGAUUUCCAGCAUUUAUAAUCUGGCAAGAGAUAAUGAAGCUUAUAAUACUGACUACCUUGCAGCCUCUGUUAGUGCCAACUCUUGGAAUAUUAACUUCUCAGGGAGUGCUCAAGACCGGGAGAUGGACAUGUUCUAUAAGUUUUGGCGGCUGAUCUACAAUGAAAAACGUUAUUUCAGACCAUGAAGAUAAGAUCUGCUUGGCUCUUACUAAAGACCACAAGUUUUCAGUAAGAUCUUUUUACAAUGAUACUAUUAACGUGAAUU